UUGUCACAGCUGAUCGACUCUCAAAAAUCAGUUCGUGCGCGACGCUCAAGCAAACAUGUUUGUAAAUGUGACUUUUUAUAUUUUCAAAUAAAAAUUCACACAAUAUUUUUCACUUUUUUCACUUCACAGUGCUCUAAUUUCUAAUUCUAGUCUUUGUAAAUUUCAUUCUUCUAUAAUACUUACAAACUUCGAGUGCCUCUUUCAAUAUAAAAAUAUAGUGAAUUAUUAAAAAAAAACACAAACACACAAAAGAGAAAAUAAAACAAGGGUAUAUUCACAAAUUUUUCAAUUAUACCAUAAAAAGAGAAAUCGCCAACGUUACAUACAAAUAUAUAUAUAUAUACUCAUACAGUGUUCGCACAAACAGCUGAUCGAUGAUUAAUUCCCGACUGAAAUAAUUUAAAGUAUUGUAUAUACAUAUAUACAACAAUCGUACAAUAAAUAUUUCAAAAAAGAAAAAAAUUUACUGAAAAACGAUUGUCAAUUUUUUUUUAUAUUUAUAUAUAUAUAAAGUGUGCAACGCGCAACAAUGUGUGGAAUUUUUCAAAAAUAAAACGAUUGACGCUCGGCGAGAGAAUAAAAUUUGUUCCUCCCAAAAAAGAAACCGAGAGUGAGAGAGAAAAAAUCCUCUACUGUAAAACGGAUUUGUUAACUGCAAAAAGGUCUAUGUACGGAUCACAGAAAUCAGUUGACCAAGGGGAUAUUGGGAGCACUUCUCAUUGGAGAAGUUCAUCCACAGGCAGUGGAACAUUGGAAUCUAUGCAAUCGUCAGAAAGUGGAAACGAGGAAGAAAUAACUUCCGAAUUUAAAUAUUUCCAACAUUGACACAUCUAGAGGAGAAAGAAAGAGAAAGAGAAAGAAGAAGAAACAUCUAGUCGAUUAUAAUUUCUACAUAUUUUAUUUUAUUAUUAUUUUUUAUUUGUUUCCUUGUUUCUCUGUCAAAUAACUUGUAGCAUUCUUCAUCAACAUUAUUUUUUUUUUUAUUAAUUUCUUUUUUAUUUACUCUGGAAUGCAGUGUGCGCGAUAAAGAAAAACGGUAUACGAAGAUCGUUGUACCGGAUUGCUGCCGUGCAAUAGAGGAUAAAAAAAAGUGAUUUUUGUUUUUUUUUAUUUUCUUUCGUUGAAAGAUAGCCUGAGGCUAUAGAUAUUUACUUGGGUAACAUGCAGCAUCAGGAUAAAGAUCACGAUAAUGGAAUCAACAUCAAGUUCAAGAGCGAUAGAGAUAGAAAAGGGGAGUACAAAUUAAUCGUCAAGAAUUCAUCCAAUGGAGGCAAGAAUUUUCAUCGUAAUCAAAAGAUUGCAAAUGGAAAUAAUGAGGGCGAAAUGGUGCCACCGGACGGCGGUUGGGGUUGGUUUGUACUCCUGGCAGCGGUAAUGGUAAAUCUUUUAAUUCCCGGCGCUGUGAAAUCAUUUGGAGUUUUAUUUGUCGUUUAUCUUGAAGUUUUUAAUACAACUCCAACGGAAGCAUCAUGGAUUCCAGCACUUUGUUACUUUCUUUAUAGUUCAUUAGGCCCUUUAUCAAGUAUACUUUCUGUUAAGUAUUCCUAUCGAACAGUCACAUUAAUUGGUGGAACUUUCGCUGCAGUGGGAAUGAUGUUAAGCUAUUUUGCCAAUUCAGUUACAUUUCUCUACGUCAGUUAUGGAGUUCUCGUUGGUGCUGGCGCAGGUUUGGCCUUUCCACCGACUGUUUAUAUCGUGACCUCAUACUUUGUAAAAAAACGAGGCCUCGCAAAUGGCCUCUGCAUUUCUGGAAGUGCCAUAGGUUCAAUUAUUCUUCCCCCUCUUCUCAGGUUUCUACUUCAAGAAUACGGAUACAGAGGGUCUGUCCUGAUAAUGGGUGCAAUAAUGUUAAACGUAUGGGCAGCUGGUUUACUCUAUCAACCAGUGGAAAAUCAUUUGAUCCCAGCGAAAGUGAAUGAUAAUGUUGAUGUUGAAACGGAAGAGAAUGAAAAUAAUGAGGAAGAUGUUGUUGAGGAGGAGGCAGAGGAAAACAAUGAUGAUGAAAAUAAUAUUGGGACCACAAUAACAGUGACAAGUCCAGAUGAUGAUGAUAUUAAUAAGACGAAAAAUCAUUUAAUUGUCACCGCUAAUAAUUCAAUAAAUAGUAAUUCAAAAAUUAAAGUUAAUGCAGCAACGCCAUUUGUUCCAAAGAGUGCCUCGAGUGUUGCUCUUGAAAAUUAUAAAAAUUCACCAGUCCAAGGGAGAAUGAGAAAAAUAAGUAUGCCAACGCCAAGUGCAAGGGAAAUAAGUGGUCAAAUGCAUAGCACACCGGCAUUACAUGUUGUACCCGAAAGAACAAUACGAAGGCGUGCACCAACAAAAUCGCCGAGUUCAUCAUCGUUUCAUUAUGUCAGCACACCUUAUCAUGGAAGUACAUUAUCAGCCCUUCAUCCAGAGCAUGCAUCAACAUUAACAUUGAACGCAAUAACAAAUACAUUCCGGAAAUCACCUGAGAAGAAAGCAUCCGGAAAAGUGAAAACCGAGCCAGAGACGAGAUUUUUUGACUUCAGCCUCCUCAGGGAUCCACUCUAUUUAGUAAUAUUGAUCUCAAACUCAACAAAUGCAUUGAGCUAUACAAAUUUUGUGAUUCUACUGCCAAAUUAUGCGAACGAUUUACAUUAUACAAAAAAUCAGGGUAUGCUAUUAUUGCCAAUUGUUUCAAUAUUUGAUUUAAUUGGUCGUAUCGGCGGUUCGGCAUUGUCCGAUAAAAAUUUAAUGCCUAAACAUUGGUAUUUCGUUGGCGGUCUAUUAGUGUCGGGUAUUUCAUUAACAAUAUUACCAUCGGCAACAAGCUACACAAUAUUAUCAAUUUACAGUGGUAUUUUUGGUUUAGCUUCGGGUAUUUAUGUUGGUAUUACGGCGGUGAUUAUGGCCGAUAUGCUUGGCACGGAAAAAUUAACAUCUUCCUAUGGUAUUUCAUUAUUUGUUAAUGGCGUUGUACAACUUAUUGGUCCGCCAAUUGUUAAUUCUAUUUAUGAGAGAAUCGGUACACUCGGGCCUAUUUUUGCCGUUCUUGGAAUUGUUUUAAUUGUUGGCGCAUCACUUUGGGGUUUCGUGCCAUUUAUUCGACGAAAGCGGGAGCGUGAGGGGCAAAUUUUGGAAAAAUGUUAAUUCCUCUAGAGAGGCAAUAACAAGGAAUGUUUUCUAAAAAAUUGUUGAUUAGAAUUUCAUUUUACGAGUUUAUUUUUUUUUUCGUUUAUUUAGAAUAUUAAUGACGAGACUCUUUGAGACGAAAGAAUUUUUAUUCCAUUCAGUGAAAGUAGAAUUGGUCAGGAAAAUCAGGGAAAAGUCAGGAAUUUUUAUUAAAGCACCGGAAAAAAUUGAAUUUUGGAGAAGUUACAAAUUAUU